GUGUUAAUGCAUUCUCUUCUGUCAAGCUUCCUAAAGCCGUACGACAAAAUUUGCGAAAUAUUUAGGAAGGACGGGCCCUUAGGUAAGCUCUGUGCGUGCCCUCCAUACGCAUACUCAUGGAAUUUUGCGGCAAUGCAUAAGAAGCAUCUUAUUUCAGAUUUCAUUCCUGCUCUUGGAUCUAACGUUAAGGAGCGCCUAGAACAAGAUGGAAUGACGUGUCUGGAUAUUGGAUGUGGCAAAGGGUUUCACUGUACUCUUUUAGCUGAAAACUACCCGAAAUCAAAUUUCACAGGAAUUGACAUUGCAGAAAGAGCAAUUAUUCUAGCAAAACAGAGAAGUGAUGGCGCGCCUUACAAUAAUUUGACUUUUCUUCAAAUGGAUGGUUCAAAGCUGGAUGCCGAUUGGACGGGGAAAUUCGACUUGGUAACUAUCUUUGAUGCUUGUCAUCCUCAAAUGAGAGCUGAUUUGUGUCUGAAGGAGGUCUUCCGCGUUCUCAAACCCUCAGGAAUAUUCGGAAUGGUAGAGAUUUAUGGGACGUCGAAUAUCUACAAGGAUAAGGAAGAAAUGGGACAGUUUGCUGCGAUGAGAUAUGCUGGUUCUAUGUUCAACUGUCUACCGCUCGGCAGUAACUCAAAAGAUGCUCUCGCACUUGGUUCAAUGUGGGGUAAAGAGCGAGCAAUGAGGAUGCUGAGAGAAGCAGGCUUCAACAACGUCACAUUGAUUCCAACGCCUUACUUCGAGGGGAACAUCCUUUAUGUCUGUAAGAAGGACUGA